AACCGGAAACGGCGUGCGAGUGUGUUACUUGGCCCCGAGCGAGAGGGCAGGGGGAGCAGUGGACGAUACAGUGGUGAUACUGUAAAACAUUACAGGCCCCAGCUUGCCGCCGCAGAGCAGACAUGGCCCCACGCUAACCGUGCACCGCCGGCUGCGGGAAGCCUUCGACAGAGCCGUGUGCCUCUGUGCGUCCUGACCGGGCCGAGACAGAGACCGAGACCGAGACCGAGACCCACCGCCAGCGCCAUGUCCUCAGCGGUGCCGCGCUGCACAUCUGUCGGACGACCCUCCGCUGUGGCCGCCGUCGUCCUGCUCCUGGUGUCGGUGACCAGUGUCCGGUCCUCUCAAGGCGACAAGGAGCCGGUUUACCGAGACUGCGUGAAGCAGUGUGUCCGGACCAACUGCACCGGAGCUCGGCUGCGGGGCUUCGAGUCUGCCCAGCCGCAGUACAUGGCGCUCACAGGUUGGACAUGCCGUGACGACUGUCGCUACCAGUGCAUGUGGACCACGGUGGGCCUUUACCAGGCCGAGGGCUACAGGGUCCCGCAGUUCCAUGGCAAGUGGCCAUUCACACGCUUCCUGUGUUUCGAGGAGCCGGCGUCGGCGCUGGCCUCUCUGCUCAAUGGCCUGGCCUGCCUUCUCAUGCUGCUGCGCUAUAGGAGCACGGUGCCACGCCAGAGCCCCAUGUACCACACUACCAACGCCUUCUCUCUGGUAUCUCUGAACGCCUGGUUCUGGUCCACAGUUUUUCACACCCGAGACACCUAUCUCACCGAGAAAAUGGACUAUUUCUGUGCAACGGCAGUCAUUCUUUACUCAAUCUACCUAUGCUGUGUGAGAACACUGGGCCUGAGGCGACCUGGGGUGUCCAGUAUGGUGGGGGUCCUGCUCAUCUUGGUUUUCACGUCGCAUGUGUCGUACUUGACCUUCGUCAGCUUUGACUACGGCUACAACAUGGCGGCCAAUGCCACCAUCGGUAUGGUGAACCUCCUGUGGUGGCUGUGCUGGUGCUGGCAGAACCGGCGGACGCUCCCGUACUGGUGGAAGUGCGGCCUGGUGGUGAUGCUGCUUCACGGCCUGGCCCUCCUGGAGCUGCUGGACUUCCCCCCGAUGCUCUGGAUCUUGGAUGCUCACGCCGUGUGGCACCUCAGCACCAUCCCGGUGCACUUCCUUUUCUACAGUUUCCUGAUCGACGACAGCCUCUACUUACUAAACACAGAGAAGAUGGGCGUGAAAGUCGAGUAGGAGGAGCUUGUCGCCUCUUCACCUCAACCGCACCCUCGCACCCCUUCGAUCAGGGCAGCUGGAAAUCCAAACACGGAAGUAGCUCAGCCUCCCAGAUGACAUGCAUGACACCGAAAUGACUUCCAUCGGAGCAGCCUUUGUUUACAUAUUACUGUUUUAAAUUUCUUGUAUUUAUUUUUAGUUUAUUUUUUUUAAUGACAAUCCUCACCAUUGAUGCGUGUUCUACUUAACUUUGCCAUGUUUGCUAAGAUUUCUUUUGCCAUCGUUUGAAACUGCAAAACAGGAUGAAGGAAAAAAAAAAUAACGUUUUGUAUUUUUUGCCACAACCAGUUUUUGACGUGUCUUAUGCUUCAUCCUCUUUAUUUGACUCUUCGUUACUUCUGUAAAAUUGAUUCCCUGAAACCAUAUUUUAACUUCGAGCUCACUCUCACCAACCUCUUGUGGAAGUCCCAACACGCUUAGCUCUGCACCGAUGUCAGUUUGCCAUGGCUGACAAUAGAUGGCACCAAAUCACUUGCCAGGCCGUCGUUAACCUGUUUCAUGCCAUGAGGCAGGGUCCGUCUGUGCCAAAUGUGGACUGGCAGACACAUAGAUGGGGCAGUGGAGGCUGCGGAUGGCUGGCUGCCAGCAGAUUGAUCUAGAGAGAGUGAGAAGGGGGUUUAUGUUUGGAGGCCAUUCUAGCUGACUGUGGGUUUUUUUUCUCUUUUCUCACCAUCACACCUUUUAUUCUUGUGCCUCUGUUGUUUCCAUCGCUGCUUUUAUAUUCCUCAUUGUUCAUUUAGGAUUUCCUCCAGCCCCAUUAGUCGUUUUAAUUCCCAUUGUUGCUGACCAGUUUGUGCUUUAUUCUGUUGACACUUUAACUUUGAUUACUUGAUUUUUAAUUUGGGUGGGGGUGUUUCUGAUCAAGAUAUUGAUUUUCUGAUCAAAUUUUUAUUCACCUGGAUUGCCUUUUUACUGUGAGGUAGGGAAUCAUAAGCAAUGCAAAAGGAAGUGUUUUUCUUUUUUUUAAUAAAUCCUGGAGUUAGGAGGUGAGUGUGUGUGUGUAUGUGUGAGAGAGAGAGAAUCUGUGUUUUUGUUUGACACCCUAUUUUCUUUUGCUUGCAUUUCUUGCUGCAGUAUAUCCCUAGAAUGACACACACAACCAGCUGCUUUACAGGAAACUGCCCCAUCAUGUAAAACACUGUACGUCUGCCUUACGUACUGUCUGCCUUACAUCGAAACCUUCUUGUCAAUCAGCACGUUUCUACUUUUUAGUAUGAAAUCCUUUUUUUCUUCUUCACAACAAAACUCAUUUACUCCAUGUUCGUCUUUACCCCUCAGAGUUUCCCCUCCAUACGUGCACUUUAUGGGUGUGUGUAUGUGCGUGUACAUUUACAUGCGUUUCACUUGGAAAUGCUGCCUAUGCCUUUGUAUUCUUGUGUGAGAAUGCGAACAAUGACCACUAUGUGUGUACACGUUGCCUUGACUCGACAUUGUGUUGUUUUCCUCAUCACAAACUGUGUGCGUGUGUGCGUGUGCGCGCGCGUGAGAGAGAGAGCAAGAGAGAACUAGAUUGUGCUCGACCCUUUUAUAAUAGUACUGAUGUGUGAGCUUGUGUGUGUGUGUGUGUUGGAGGUUUGCCGCGUGAAUGUGUGUGAGACGAUUGGGUAAAUUUAGCUUUGCUGACAGCCUGUGAUGGGGGUGGGGGAAGACAGAGGAUGAAAGACAUGGAGAGGUUGAUAUUGGUCUGAGUGGCAAAAAGAUUCCUGGAAUCAUGGAAGAGAUAUUUGGUCUUACUAGAUAGAAAAAAACUACAACAACAAAUCGAUCAAAUUGGCAAAUGUGCAUAUAUUGGAUAAAGGUUUUUGGACAUUCAUCUGAGACCCAGUUAUGACAAUAAACAUCUAAAAAGCAAAAACAAGAAAUGCCCAUUUGAUCAAAAUAUAAUUUCAAUUUAUAACAAAUCAUAUUCUAUUACAAAUACUUUGUCUACUGUUGAGGAAAUAACUUCAACAAUAUAUGAAGCCAUUGGCAUCUGUUCCCUGAGGAAUUAUCACGAAUAGAACUCCACUCUUUGCUCUGUGUCCACGCCAUUGUUCAUUUCCUUCUUCCUGCCACGGGCCUUCUCUUCCCACACUCAUCUGCUGCCCCCUGCCUGCUGCCCUGUGCCCCAUCGACUCUCCUACUGAGUGCACUCUCCUCCACCUCACAUUGAUUAUUUGACACCAACAACAAAAAAAAGACAAUCUUACAGAAAUGGGACAAAUAAACGUGUUAUUUGUUGUUAUGGAA